AUGUCUUCUCCAGCCGAUACAAUUGCUUUUAUAAGCUUGGGCGUCAUGGGAUACCCCAUGGCCGUCAACCUGAUCAAGGGACUCGGGGCAUCCAAGUCUUUUCUGAUCGCCGAUGUGAACCAAGAAGCCGUGCGUGACUUUCAAGAUGAGGUCAAGGGUUUCGGCAAAGUGUCGGUCGUUCAGAACGGCUACGAGGCGACUAAGGCAGCGGACACUGUUAUUACUAUGCUACCGACAGCUACCGCAGUUGAGGCCGUCUACUUGGACCCCAACACCGGCAUCCUAGCCGGUGCUGUAACAGCUGUUCCCGAUGGCAACCCAGCAAAGAAGCUUUUCAUAGAAUGCGGCACUAUCGAGACUGCCACGAUCAAAAAGGUUGCUAAAACUACGGAAGAAGUUUCAUCCAAGCUGUCUGACACACUAUCCUUCGUUGAUGCUCCUGUCUCCGGUGGCCCUAUGGGUGCUAUUGACGGCUCGCUCACAUUCAUGGUUGGCGUUUAUCAACCCAAGUCUGCAAAGAUCUUCCCCCAGGUAGAAGCACUGUUGAAACAUAUGGGUAAAAGCAUCUUCCAAUGUGGCGACGUCGGCGCAGGCACUGCAUUCAAGAUCAUCAACAACUACCUCAGCGCCAUCACCUCAGUAGCCGCAGCCGAAGCACUCAACAUUGGCGUCAAGGCUGGCUUGGAUCCGAAGCUUCUAUCGGAUGUGAUUAAUGUCAGCGGCGGUCAGUGCUGGGUGACGUCCAAGGCUAACCCUGUGCCUGGGGUGAUGCCGAAUGUGCCGAGUUCGAAUGGUUAUCUUGGUGGUUUCCGCAUAGAGCUGUGCGAGAAGGUAUUGCAGAUGGGUUCAAUGUUGGCUGAGGAUGUUGGCGCAAAGACGGUUCUGGAUGGGCCGGCCAAACAGGCUUUUCAAGAGGCCAUGAGGGAUGAGCGAUAUAAAGGUAAGGAUGCACGGGUUGUCUAUAAGUGGCUGAAUGAGGGUAAGAGAGGCUAA